UAUACCAGUUCAAGUACCUUGUCAUAUCGUUCGUCACCGCAUGAACCAGUGCUCUUGUCAACAACAACGUGGGUUUUAUUUCGUCGUUGAAACUGCGACGCUCCCGAAGAAACGCAGGUGCUUUUCUCCAGACUCCAUUUUGUCCACGAAGCUUUUCAACUCGCCAUGUCAUAUUGCAGACCGGUGUGGCAACAGCUGCGUGUCAAAUUGUGCUCGAAGCACUCAGACUACAAUGACCGCAUUGACACAGUUUUCCUUCAUGCCAUAUUUCGAGUCUGAAGUGCUGACCGACGUAGAGUUUGUUGUGGAUUCAAAGCACUACCCCGGCAAGAAAGCAUCGUUCAAGGCCCACCGCUUGAUUUUGGCCCUUCAAAACGAUGCUUUCAAGGUCAUGUUCUACGGAGAUUUUGCGAAGCAAGAUCGCAUUGCUAUAACUGACCUGCACUCAGACGGAUUUCUGGGAAUGCUUAGGUACCUGUACAGUGGUGUUUUGAAAGUAGACAACGUGCGCCAGGCCUUCUACACAAGAACAGCAGCGACGAAGUACUUGAUGCCUGAACUAAAAGGGCUGUGCUCCGAUUAUUUGGCCGUUCAACUCAAGCCAGAUGACGUCUGCGCGUUUUUAGACAACAUGCUUAUUAUGGGUGAACAAGACACCGAUGAGCCAGUCAGAAAUUUGUUGCAUACUAAUGGCGCUGACGUUCUGUCAUCAAGCGGUUUUAAGUCCUGCUUGGAAAGCACAGUUAGCUAUAUUCUGGAACACAUCAAAAGCGUGCCUGAACUGACGGUAAUUGAAGCUGUGUACGAGUGGGCGCAGGAGCAGGUACUUUUAGAACACCCAGAUGAGGAGGGAGUGCCCAACAUACGCAAAUUCAUGCAGCCUUUCUUCACAAAGCUCCGCUUCCUUGCUUUGACUCCGAGUGACUUUGUACGAGGAAUAAACACCUGGGGCAUAUUGAAUGAAAAAGAGGCGCUGGCGCUAUUGAGCACCAUUAUCGAUUCCGAGUCUGCUGCUGUUCCACAUGGUUUUUGUAAGAUGAGGAAGAACCGCGUCUGAUUGCCCAGGUGGAAUUGCGCUGCAAUAAUGGGCAAGUAAAAAUUGGAGAGAUCACAUCGUUUAGGCGCUAUGUUUGUUUACGCGUCUUCUAGCUCAUAUAUCCCUCAUUUUAAUUUCACAGCGUACUUCCCGCAAGCUUGCCGGGUUCAGUUUCUCGUGAAGAAUAGUAGUUAGUAUAGGAGAGUCCUUACUGUAUUUUCAUGUGCGUGCUUUAGAUUAUUAUUUUUAUUUCAUCAGCUUACUUCAUUUGAUCAGGCUAAGCUUUAUCAGUUUAUUUUCGGGCAGUAAUUGAGGAUGAAACACACCUAAUACGGUGUUUUAUUCUUUUUGUUGUAUUACAGGUCUUGCGUUUCACUGUGAAAUAAAGUUACAUGUGUAGUUGACCUA